UGUACGUUUAUAUUGCUCAAAGAAUAUUGCAUCAAACAUGUUUCGAUGUGGGCUUUUAGUGCUUCAACCUACCCAAAUUAAAGCUAGAAUAGCUACAGCCAUUAAACUUGCAGCUAAAGAAGUSCAAGAAGUACUGUAURUCGACGUGUUUCGCCCACAAGACUCUAGCCUUGCAGCUAUGUAUUGGCUCCUUGUACAGAUCUACGGACGUCACUAUCCAAAUCAAGGUACCCUAGACAUACGGCUAUUGCUUCCAAAUACUGACGAGACUAAACCUAGAACACUCWMCAUGCAUCCAGAGGCAGCAUUUCUCGUUGAAUCUGGUGAAAAUAUCAGUUUAGGCAGCCUGCAUUCCUGGAUCUUACAGAGGUACAGMGGACUGUCGCAAAUACAAACAAGAGUUUUGAAUCAAGUGGAUGUGAAAGCACAGUCUGUUGAGACUUUGAGUCCUACAGUGUUGAGUGAUUAUGCUGAGGUAGCAUUAGGGGGRACCUUUGAUCAUAUUCACAAUGGGCACCGGCUCCUUCUGGGCGUGGCAUGUCUACUKUGUCAAAAGAAAAUCACAAUUGGUCUUGCUGAUGGGCCUCUUUUGGCGAAGAAGGUAUUGAAGGAGCUUAUUCAGCCAUUUGAAGAGCGCAAGAAAGUUCUAGAAGAAAUGAUCAAAGAUAUUAAACCUGGUUUACAGCCUAACRUUGUAUCAAUCACCGAUCCUAUUGGCCCAGCUGGCACAGACCCAAAUCUCAAGUGUCUCAUUGUCAGCAAAGAAACCGAGAAUGGCUUAACGUUUAUCAAUGAAGCAAGACAGAAAAAUGGUUUACAAGACCUUGAUCUUCAUGUCAUUGAAUUAGUCAACGAUGAAGAUGAAGGGUUUGUUCCWCAACAGAAGUCAACCAAGAUGAGCUCAACACUUGAAAGACAUAAAUUGCUUGGUCRACUUYUGAAGCMAGUAAAAGUUAAAGAUAUAAAAAAGCCAUAUGUCAUAGGCCUUACUGGAGGCAUCRCUAGUGGGAAGUCUGCUAUUACAAAGAGACUCGAAAAUCUUGGUGCUAAAACCAUUAACUGUGACCUUUUAGGUCAUUUGGCCUACGAACCAGGRAAAAARGCCUACCAUCAGAUAAUUGAAGCCUUUGGUCAAGGAGUUGUAGCUGAGGAUGGCACUAUUAAUCGAAAAGCCCUGGGACCCAUUGUUUUUGCUGACAAAUCCAAGUUAACYCAGCUUAACAGUAUUGUAUGGCCUGAGAUUGGAAACCUUGUGCAAGAAAAGAUUGACCGUUUUGCUGCUGAAGGUGCGCGCGUUUGUGUUGUCGAGGCUGCCGUACUAUUAGAUGCUGGCUGGGAUGCUGUUGUUGAUGAAGUUUGGGUUACCAUGGUACCCGAAGACGAAGCYAUAAAGCGCAUUUUGAGUAGGGACAACAUUGGUGAAGACAGGGCCAUUAAUAGGAUAAGGGCUCAGAUGACUAACGAAGAAAGGGUCUCCAAGGCACACGUAGUAUUGUCGUCCCUAUGGGAACCAGAGUACACCCAGAAACAGGUCGAGAGAGCCUGGAUAGGUUUGCAACAAAGGUUGACGUCAUUUCAAACCAACCAAUCGGCGCUUUGAUUUCAAAAAUUUUAUUUCCAGAAGCUGUUAUCAAUUUUGAUAUCGAGUUCAUGUGUACAACUAAAAUCGUUAACCCUCAGCUGUGGCAUUCAACAGCCUUUUUGAUAUUGCGUAUCAAUUUACCUUAGCAUUAACCGCUGAUAAGACCACGUUUUGACGUUUUAUCAUCUCUGUGAUCAAUUUGUAGAAAUCGAAAAUUUAGCUGAUUUGACUUAUUACUAAGUAUGGAAGAAAUUGAUUGUUCUUUUUUCGCGUUUAUGGCUUCAAUUCUGCUUUUGAUAUUUCAUACAAAGACAUUGCAAACAACUGAAGGCGUGCAUACAAUGCUUACACUUUGUUGUGUAAAAAAAUAAAACUUUGAUCCUUAGGUAUUUAAACARAAAACAAAUUGUACUUUUUCAUUUUAGCCUGUAUGGAUUCAAAAUAUAUCGAAUAUAUUGCACCAUUGAAAAAACAUUUUAUUAAUUGAAGAUUUCAAGGUUUGUAAGGAUUGCAUUUCAUUCAUAAAAGAGGAAAGAUUCCUUGAGACUUAGCAUAACUUAGGAUAUGAAGCAAAACAAACAGAAAMGGCAAGACAAAACAAAAUAUAMAUUUGUAAAUAUAUCCUUUGGCUUAUUGUAUUUUGAAUUUUAACCUUUGGUACARUGCAGUUGUUAUCAUUCAAAACACUUUCAAACUAUUGUCAAUCUAGUUUAUAAUAGACAAUAUAAUUUAUCGUGAUGAAUGUUGUAUUUAGCAAAGUUUUUUUACUGUUUCAUGUAGUUUA